AUGAUAAUGAAUCACACCAAACUCCUAUCUCUCAUAAAUCUUCUAUUUACGGCAGUCAGUGGGCUAUCUGGGGACUCUAAAUUUGUGGUCCCUUCAGACUUUCCCUCGUCGGUCUUCGCAAACUACUAUGUUAAGCCAGGACCUAAUUCUCAGCCGCAACCGGCUAUCUUCGAUCCCAUUCUCAAUAUCACAUUUCCAUUUAAUCUGACCGAUCCAAAAAAUAUACCUACUCAUAAUGACGAUCCGAUCUACUUUCCUCCCGGCGACGAAAAUAUCACGAAUUCUAGAGCCGAGGAAUUAAUUGGCUAUGCUUUGUUAAAAAUCCAAGAUAUUAUGAGUGAAUCUAGUGAAAUUUCAGAUAGUUGCUCCAAGUGUAUGGCUGGCUUAAGCGUUGGGAAAUAUUUGGCUCAGAGAAUUCCAACUUUUGUUCCAGAUGUACUCGUCUCAUUGUGUCAGUCAAUGCAAUUUGCCUCGGAUGCCGUAUGCCAGGCAAAAUAUGCUGCGAGUAGGUAUGGUGCCACCUGGACUCAAGUAUUGGCCCUUGCAGACGUUACAGGACUUGAUGGUAAAUAUAUUUGCGCCACACUUAGCCGCAACUGGUGCGAUUUACCCUCAGCCAAUCCUCUGAAUAUGACAGGGCUGUUCCCAAAACCAAAGCCAACAACACUCACGAAACAUCAACCUAGUGGAAAGCGCGUAAAAGUUCUUCACCUAUCAGAUUUCCAUCUAGACCCCCGCUAUGAAGUUGGCUCAGAGGCAGUCUGUACAUCUGGUCUCUGCUGCAGACAUUCUGAAAAUUCUACGUCGCAAGUUAAUCUCCCAGCUCCGCUUUAUGGGGCGUAUCGAUGUGAUACUCCUUACUAUCUUGCUCUUGCGGCGCUCCAAUCCUUAGGGCCCCUCACUGGCACUGGAAGUUUGAAGUCAAGCCCUGCCUGGACUUUAUACACUGGUGACCUUGUAUCUCAUGAUAAACACAAUCAACUCUCUCGAGAGUACGUUGAAUAUACAGAGACUAGUGUAUAUGGUAUGAUGAAGUCAUUCAUCAAUGGACCAGUCUUUGCAGUACUUGGAAACCAUGACUCUAAUCCAGACUCUAUCGAUGCGCCACACAGUAUGCCUGGGCCCUUGGGACAGCAGUUUAGCUGGAAUUAUGACCAUGUUUCUAGCCUUUGGAAAAAUAACGGAUGGAUCGAUGAAAAGACUGCAAAUCAAGCAUCCACGCACUAUGCAGCAUAUUCAGUCAAAAACCAUCAUGGUCUUCGUAUUAUAACUAUGAAUACCGACUUUUGGUAUAAAAAUAACUUUUUGAACCUCAUCAACACGACUAACCCAGAUGUUUCUGGACUUUUUGACUUCAUGAUUAAAGAACUUCAGUCUGCAGAAGACGCAGGUGAAAGAGUAUGGAUUACUGGCCAUAUAUUGAGUGGCUGGGAUGGGGCUGGAUCCCUUCCCAAUCCAAGCAAUUUGUUCUACCAAAUUGUUGACAGAUACUCUCCUCAUGUUAUAUCUAAUAUCUUCUGGGGCCAUUCACAUGAAGACCAAUUUUCCAUUUACUACAAGAACAAUGGUACUAUCAGAGACAGUAGUACGGCCUUGACAACUGGCUGGAUCGGUCCAUCAAUCACUCCGCUGCACAAUAUGAAUUCUGGUUACAGGAUGUAUGAGGUUGAUACUGGGAACUUUGAGAUUUAUGAGGCUUAUACCUAUUUUUCGAAUGUGAGCUCAUACCAAAAUCUCGGCUACAGUGGUCCAACUUUUGAAUUUGAGUAUUCUACUCGUGAGGCUUACGGCAGCGUUAUCGGCUGGCCGGAAGAUGCUCCACUGAACGCAACAUUUUGGCAUAGCGUUACCGAAGCCAUGGAAACAAAUAAGACCUUAGUUUCUCAGUUUAAUACAUACCAGGGGAAGUCAAGUGACAAAAGUCCAGCAUGUACAAGCAAGGAAUGUGGCGAAGCCAAAAUAUGUUAUAUGCGGUCUGGGAGUGAAUCAUUGUCGAGAGCUUGUCCGAAAGGAUUUUCUUCUGUACAAAGUCCAUACAGUGGAAGAUCAGGUUAA